UGGAUCGUCUAGUGAAGGGAAGGGCAGGAAAGCUGCCAUGUCCUCGUCGGAGGAAGGAACAAAGGCACCGCGCCGUGGCAGCCCAGGCCACAGCGGCGUGCCAGUGACCGUGGUAUACUACCUGUGCCGCAGUGGACGGCACCUGGAGCACCCACACCUGAUGGAGCUGCGCCUCGCCUCCCCAAACCAAGCCCUCUACCUCAGAGACGUGAUCUGCCGGCUGGAUGCACUGCGAGGGAAGGGCAUGGCCGCCAUGUAUUCCUGGUCCUGCAAGAGGAGGUACAAAACCGGAUUUGUGUGGCAUGAUGUGUUGGAGGACGAUGUGUUGCGCCCCGCGCAGGGCAGCGAGUAUGUCCUCAAGGGCUCCCUCUUGCUCUCCCACCACUCACCACCUGCUGCACUUGUAGCUGCACCACCAUCUGCAGAUCAUGACCACACAAAUGUCAGCACAUCCAUUACCCGCAAGGUCCACUGCGUCAAGCCAACUCCUGAUGAAGAGACAACAACUCAUUCCCGGGAGGACUGGACUACUAAUUCAUCAUUGCCAUCUCCUCCCACGAUUGAGGUUGAGGUUGAAGCAUCACCUCCACCUCACCAAGAGCCACAGCCAGAGCUGUCGUCUAUAUCACCAUCUUCUUGCACCAGUGGGGACAGGGAUGAGGAGGCAGCAUCAGCACGAUCAAGCUCUUCAGGCAGCCCCUCCUCUCAUAAUAAGCCAAGAGGAACAGCAGAAGGCACACCUUCUCCUUCAGGUAGCACAAGCUCACCCACUCCUCUGUCAAGCCUCAUGCUUUACAACAAGCUGGAGGCAUCCGUAAUCACAGCACAUAGCGAGGUGACACAAACCCAAGGAACAUCAACAGGGAGGGACCUUCACAAGAAGGAUGGUUGUAGUACUGAUAGCACACCGACCAAGGCAACUGUGACUACCGACGAUAAGUAUCCAGGACGUACAAGAUCUUUCUCCUCCAGCACCAGUAGGAACGGGACCUUGGAGUCCCUCAUAAGGGCCGAGGCUCUUGGCAGAAGAGGCGCCACUGCUAAGAGGAUCCUAGAAAAGAAUGAUGAUGAUGAUGAUGACAAAGAAGCAAUGCAGUCACUGGGAACGAAGCUGAACCCUGCCAACCUGCUGAUGCGGCUUGUAGCUUGCGGGUCGACAAUGUCUGCAAGGCAGCAUCUUCCUGCCUGCAGCUUCAUGCGAACAGUGCACAAGCCCCAGUACUUGAGUCAACAUGUUGAGCUGCUGCCAUCAUCUCCAGUCUUGUCUCCCCUUGGUGCCCUUAUCAUGCGUCCUGCAACUGCUGCUGGAGCCAAAGUAGUUUCAGACUCAGGAGACUGCGGUCACUGCAGUGGGAGCAUGCUCCAAACUGCAGGCAAGGGAUGCGAGGCAGGCAAAGUAAUGUCCACAAAUAUUAAGCCCACUUCAUCUUAUGACCAAUACUGUGUUUCUGAUAAAGAAGCCUCCGUACGGAAUUUGAAUAAUUUGGAGCACAGAAGUCAAAAUAUCUCACAAACAAUCAAAAGGGCACCAUGUUAGCAACCCAAAAGUGGGACAUUGGUAACCAUAACCACAGAUGUCAGGCAUAACAAUGGUGAACAAGAAUGUAGCAAUGAAGCUUCAUCCAAGAUCUUGACAAGUACAAGCAAAAGAAUGACCGAUUAAUCACCACAAUCUUCAAGAGUAGUAUCGUUUCAUGACGAAAAAGAGAAAGCUGUUAAGAUUGAAGAAAGGCUCACUUCUGGAGCUCGUGUUAUAAUCCAGUGUGCGCCCUUACUCAAAGAAACUUAUGCCAGUGCUAAAGCAAUGUAACAGAGGAGUUUCCAUCUCGUUUUUCAACUCUAGUUUUUUUUUUUUUUUUGAUAAUCGAAGUUGUUGGCAGUAGCUGAAAUUGUGUGAUUCUAUCAGAUUUCUCACCAGUGUAGUAAUGAGCAGACGGUUUUCUGUACCUUUCGGGAUAGUUACCAUUAAAUGUCCAUUGUCACCAUAACACUGUACUGAUGUACUCUCAUCUUGGUAAAAAUAUUUCCAAUGGCAUGACAGUUAGAAAUCUUUCAA